UGCUUCCACCACAAUGUCAACAUUAGCUGGGGCCCGCAACGCUGUUGUGAGGAAUUCAACUUUCAAUGACCACUCUACGAACAUCCACCACCACAUCCACAUGAUCGGGAUGGAUGAUUUUGAGUUGCUAGACAAAAAGCUUCCUCGCGCCCACCGUGCUCAUUACAAUGCUAACUCACCCGCGCAGCGAAACGGUUGUCUCGAGAAUACGCGCGAGGCGAUCUUGGCUGAACUUGUCACCUGGGCAGGUGACCACAUGUCAAACAAGAUUUAUUGGCUUAGCGGAAUGGCUGGGACUGGCAAGACUACCAUUGCGUACUCGUUCUGUGAGAUCCUCAGUUCUAAGCGCAUGCUUGCUGCAAACUUCUUUUGCUCCCGUCUUGAGGCUGAAAGCAGCAAUGUCGUCCACAUCUUUCCCACUAUUGCUCAUCAGCUUGCUCGUCGCUUUCCUGUUGUAUCUUCUGCGCUGGUAGCCACGAUCCGAGAUGACCCUGAUGUUGGCUAUAAGAUAGUUCAGCAAAACUUUAAGGACCUCAUUGUUCAGCCACUCAGAGCUGCUGCUGCUGAUUUUGAGGGGACAUCCUUUGUUGUGGUUAUUGAUGCUCUGGAUGAGUGUACCAGCCAAUCUCAGGUUGCUGAUUUGCUUCUGGCUAUUGCGAGACAUGCUUCUUCACUUCCCCUGAAGUUUUUUGUAACUAGUCGUCCUGAGAAGGACAUUCGUAAGACUUUCAAGCGACGUGGCUUUGGGGACUUCGACAACUUUAUUCUUCAUGAUGUUGAGAGAGAUGUUGUCAGCUCAGACAUUGAGCUUUACACUAGAUAUCGCCUCACUGACAUUGCAGAUGGACGUAGUGACUUGAUGGAUGAUGAUGAAUGGCCUCCGGAAUCUCAGGUUAAAGCUCUUGUUACUCUAUCUGGAAGCUUGUUUAUUUAUGCUGCAACUGCAUGCAGUCAUAUUGCUGCUGGAGUUGAUCUUCGUGCUCGUCUUACUAUGAUAACUGAUACCUUAUCUGGAACAACAAAGGAUGGAACCAUAUCACUGGAUGCUUUGUACAGCAGCAUUCUGGCUGCAGCAUAUAAAAAUGCUAACCAAAUGGAGAGAGAGGAAAUUCAGAAGGUUCUCUAUGCUGUUAUUCAUGCUCUGGAUCCAUUGUCCAUCAACAGUCUCAGUCAAUUGUUAAGGAUGACUACUGGAGAAAUUCAGUCUGCUUUGUCCUGUCUCCACUCUUUGAUCUGUGUUCCACGUAACAAAGAUCUGAAUGACCCAAUUACAACAUUCCAUUCCUCAUUUCCUGAUUUUGUAAAUGAUCAUUCUCGCUCUGGAGAUUAUCACCUUGACCCUACUACAUCACAUCAAUUACUUUCUUUGGAUUGCCUUGAAUUAAUGGAAGGCUCCUUUCAGUCCAAGGAAAUUGUUUCUUACCUCAGAGAGAGGAAUCAGACUGAUAUUCCUCAGAGUCUCUCAUAUGCUGCUACUUUCUGGGCUUCUCAUCUUGCAAGUAGUCAAGAAAGGGAUGACAAGACUCCAGUGUUUUAUAUCCUCUCCUAUAAGUUCUUCCAAACAAGAGCUUCACAGUGGAUUGACUGCUCAAGUAUAAUUGGGCAGGUAGAGAGGACUGUGAAUGACCUUCGGGAGAUAGAGAAAUGGGCUGAGUCCCAGCCAUUAUUGAAUGACUGGGCAAGAGAUGUUAGACGAUUCAUGACAGAAAAUAUGGAAUUUAUAAGCUCUCAGAGUCUUGAAGGUUACUCUGCUCCUUUUCUAUGGCUACCAGAGAAAUCAUACAUGAAGCAAAAAUAUGAGUCUGAAAGACCUUCUCCAUGGAAGUUAAUUCUAGGGCAACGGCACACCUGGGAUGCCUGUGAAGCCAUCUUGACAGGGCACUCAGCACCUGUAGUCUCUGUUGCCUACUCACCUGAUGGCAAACACAUUGUUUCUGGUGCAAGAGACAACAUAAUUCGCUUAUGGAAUGCUGUAACAGGGGAACCUGAGGCAGAACUGACUGGACAUUCUAGCUGGGUCACAUCUGUUGCUUUUUCUCCUGAUGGGGCUCAUAUAGCCUCAGCAUCAGGUGAUAGAACUAUUUGUAGUUGGAACCCUGAAACAGGGGAGUUUGAGUCACAGUUAAAAGUUCAUCCAACAUUUGUGAGGUCUGUAAGUUUCUCCCCUGAUGGAAGACAUGGUGUUUCUGGGUUAAAUGAAAAUUCAAUCUGUAUCUGGAAUACUGUAACAGCAGAGUCUGAGGUAGAACUCAAAGGCCAUUCUAACUGGGUAGAAUCUGUGGCUUUUUCUUCCAAUGGAAAAUAUGUAGUGUCUGGUUCUCAUGAUCACACUGUACGAGUCUGGAAUUCUGUAACAGGAUAUCCUGAAGCAAACUUAAAAGGGCAUUCAAGCUGGGUAGUGUCUGUUGCAUUCUCACCUGAUGGGAACCACAUUGUGUCUGGGUCCUCUGACAACAGUAUCCGGAUUUGGAAUGCCACAACCUGGGAGACUGAAGCAGAAUUGAAGGGACACUCAAAUGGAGUCAAUUCAGUUGCAUACUCCUCAGAUGGGAGACGCAUAGUAUCUGCUUCAGAUGAUAGCACAGUUUGUCUAUGGAAUGCCCUUACAGGAGAGCUUGAGGCAACACUAAGGGGUCAUGCAAGCUGGGUAGCUUCAGCUGUCUUCUCUCCAAAUGGAGCACAUGUGACAUCAACUUCUGGAGAUAAAACUGUACGGAUCUGGAAUUCUUUGCCAGAAGAAUCUGAUAUAAUUUUGAAGGGUCACUCAACUUAUAUCAGAUCAGUUGCUUUCUCCUUAAAUGGGACUUACAUAGUGUCUGGGUCAGAUGACUGCAAAAUUUACAUCUGGAAUAUAGCAUCAAGCAGUCCAGAGGCACAGUUAAUUGGCCAUUCAAGUUCAGUAAUAACUGUUGCCUUUUCUCCAGAUGGUACCCAUGUCAUAUCUGGAUCAAGUGAUAAUAUUGUUUGCAUUUGGAAUGUUGCAACUAGAAAGGCUGUGAUGGAGCUAUAUGGUCAUUUGAACUAUGUAAGAGCUGUUGCUUGUUCUCCUGAUGGAAAGCUUGUAGCAUCAGGAUCUCAUGACAAUACAAUCAGAAUAUGGGAUGCAGAAACAGGGACACUCAAUGCUGUUUUGACUGGACAUAGUGCAGCUGUAACAGGCCUUGCUUUUUCUUCUGAUGGAGGCUUAUUUGUCUCCGCAUCAGAUGAUGGGACUCUCUGUAUCUGGGAUUUAGCCACUAGACAGCCCAAAAGAAGGUUGUCAGGACAUCAGAGUUCUGUAAAUUCUGUUGCAUACUCUUCAGAUGGAUUGUACAUCAUUUCUGGAUCAUCUGACUCUACAAUAUGUAUAUGGAGUGUAGAAACAGGAAAACCUACAUUGAAGCUGAAGGGUAACUCAGGAUGGGUGAAUACUGUUGCAUUUUCUCCUGAUGGAAAACUUGUGGUAUAUGCAUCUGGAAGCAAAGAAAUUUCCAUUUGUGAUGCAAAAACAGGAGAACAUAUGGCAGAGCUUGAGGGUCAUUCGGAAGCUGUAACAUCUAUUAACUUCUCUCCCAAUGGAAAGUAUCUUGUCUCCGGAUCAAGUGACAAAACCAUUCGCAUCUGGGAUAUGUUAGCAUGUGAGACCAAGAUGGAGCUGAAGGGACAUUUAAAUUGGGUUGCAUCUGUUGCCUUCUCACCUGACGGAAGCCACAUUGUCUCUGGAUGUCAUGACCAUACUGUUCGUGUCUGGGACAUUAUGACAGGUUUGUGUGAAGCAGAAUUCAAAGACCAUUCUGGCCAGGUAUAUGCAGCUGCUUAUUUCCCUGAUGGACAGCAUGUUAUAUCAGGGUCAGAUGAUCGUAUGGUCCGAAAAUGGAAUAUUAUGACUGGUGAAUGCAUGAUAUUUGCAGAAAAUCAUCUGUUACCAAAUGGCACCAAUGUUCACCAUCGUCCAUUUGGAGACUUCUACUUAUCACCCCCAGUUCUAUUUCCUCACAAUCAAUUGUCACUGGAUGACACUGGUGAAUGGAUUAAUCACAUAAAAUCCACUAAAAAAUGUUGGAUCCCACCUUUAUUUCGACAGCCAAGUGCCAUUGCCCAUCACACUUCUAUGAUUUGCUUAGGAUAUGAAACAGGAGAGGUCAUUGCAUUGCAACUGAACCACAAAGGGUAG